AUGGAAGGAACAGUGGUCCUCACCGGCGCCAACGGCUCUCUAGCCCUGGGCUUUGUCCAAGCCCUCUUGGAAACCCACCCCCAAAAAACAUUGGUUGCGACUGUCCGCAACCCAUCUCCAGAACAAGAUCCCAAUACCGAGAAACUUCUAGCACUCGCUGCAAGAUUUCCGAAAGCGAAAUUCCACCUCGAGACCCUCGACCUCGGCAAGCUGGCCAACGUGCGCUCCUUCGCAGACAAGCUCUCUCGUCUGAUUUCCUCUGGAGCACUUCCUCGCAUCUCGGCCGUCGUCUGCAACGCGGCCUCGAUUUCCUUCGAAGGAGGACAGAAAUUCACCGCCGAUGGCUAUGAAUCUACCUUCCAGGUGUGCCACCUCGCGCACUACUUGCUGAUCUUGAAGCUUCUCGGGAGCAUGAACCUCACCUCCGGCCGCAUUGUCAUGCUGGGCUCCAUCGCGCACUACCCAGAGAAAUCAAAUCCAUUGUGUUCGCUUCGACCACACUUUCCGGCUGAUAUGGAGGAGUUGCUCAGACCGGGGCCGGACCCCCCUGCCCUUGUGCACGAUAGGGGCUUCCAGCGAUAUGCCACGGCCAAGCUGGCUAAUGUCACGUUGGCGAACGAUCUCAAUCGAAGAUUGAAGAGGGAUGAUAGGCUAUCAAGCAUCACGGCGAUCGCGAUGGAUCCGGGUGGUCUACCGAGUGCGAGAUCGCAGGCUCAGCAGAAAAGGUCCACUCAAAGGAUCUUCGCGGUGAUCGACUUUCUCAUGCCUGUUCUAAAACACGUCACCACGAUGUUCCGGACCACGGAGGAUGCGGGACGUGAUCUAGUUGCUUUGAGUGUUGAUUCGUCUUUCCGGGGAAAGAGGGGUUACUAUAUGGGUCAAAAAGAAGACAUCCCUGCGGCUGUUAGUAUAAAUCCAGACGUACAAACAAAGCUGUGGGAUGCUUGCUGGGGGUGGUGUGGUCUUGCAGCUGAGGAUACUGUACUUCGAGAUGCUGCUCCUGAAAAAUGA